GUAAAGACACUCUUCAUGCAUUGGAGGGAGUUCUUACCAGAUUCCCAAAAGAUGGUAAAAUUGUUGGGGUUUUAUAUUUAAUAGUUUCUACGUUUAGUGAGGGGGUGGCGGACGAAAUUAAGUCGUCCGUAUUCAAAAUUAUAUUGGCAAAUACUGUCAAUAUGAAUACGAAGUUGAUCGACUAUGCAUCAACCAUUCCCUCACUUAAUUUUGGGGAAGAAGAGGUUAAGAAGAAAAUAAAAAAUCUUGAAUUACGAGUAGAUGAAUUUCGAAGAACUUCGACGGACCGAAAUCAAGAUCUUAAAAAUUCAAAUCGAGGGCUUCGAUUUUUA